AUGGAUGAUCAAGGUGAAGAUGAUGAAGAAAGUAUGAAGAUUCUUGAAGCUCCAAUGAGGGCUCCGGCAUCUGAACUGGAGCUACAUGAGUUAGAGGUUUUGGAAGAGAGGCUGCGGCACACCUCUUUUAGUAGUGGUCAAGAUGAAUGGAGGUGGAAUGGUGAUACAAGUGGUUGUUUCUCGGUUAGUGCGGUUCGUAAGUGGCUGGGAGAGGAGCGCCUUCAGAAUCAAGAGGACGUGUUCGAAUGGUGUAAGUGGAUUCCGAAUAAGUGCAAUAUUUUUAUGUGGCGGGCUUUGAUGAAUCAUAUUCCGACUAAAGUGGCCCUUAGAAGAAGGAACAUUCACACAGAUGAUACAAACUUGAUGGAUGACAUGGAGUUGCAUAGAGUUCAAGGUCUGUCGCCAAUUCGUAAAAAGAUUGUGAGAGGGGUGAUGAUUGUUUGUUGUUGGAGGUUGUGGAAAGCUAGAAAUGAACGGGUUUUUGAGAAUAAAGACGCCAAGGUUGUGGAGGUAGUCGCGGAAGUAAAGGCUCUCUCAUUUUUAUGGUAUAAUAAUAGGCAUGAUAGUAAAAAGAUGGAUUGGAAAUCAUGGUGUAAUAUGUAUAUGAUGUAA